GUGCUAAGUUAAAUUUUGUAACGUUUUGUAAUGUAAUUAAAGUAAAUAUUUGACUUUAGUUGGUGUGAAACCGUUUUAAUGUUAUCGUUUUUUUUGUUUUAUUUCCAGUUUUUUUUUUGUCUUGAAGAUUGCGUUUCAGACCAUAUUGGCGGCCGGGCUGCAUAUCCAAGCGUCUCCUCAGCAAGCUAAUGAAAGCAAAGAGGAAGACGUCUGCGGCCAAGCUAACGCAACCUGCCAAGAAACCCAAGAAGAAAGAAGAGGAGAAACCAACCCUCACCGUCAGCAAAGUGGCUGGAGAAUACCGAGUGGAGUUGCAAGUUCGUGAUGAAAAACAAAAGAAUAAAUACACUCCUUUGAUAUAUAAGAUUGCCAGUGCCAAUAAUGAAGAGAAAAUUAAAAAGAAAGAGCGUUACGAGCAGCGUCUGAUCGACAAGGUCUGGGAUAAGUUUGAGGACCCGGUACAUCCUGAUGUAUGUCAGACGAGGUGUUUGAAAGCGUACCAGCAGGCGAUUGGUCAACUUCCGGCAGGAGAGUGCAUUUGCCCUCAGAGUGAAGUGGUAGACGUCGACAGAAGUGACUCCAGUGAUGAUGAGGAUACCAGUUCUUAUUGCAGCUCUUUGGACGUGGAUUGGGAGAUCCACUUCACUCCGCCUUUUGAUUCUAAAAUUACGAAGUGACGUAAAUAAUUUUCAGGACCAAUAUUAUCUGUGUUAUGUUUUGAUUGAGUUAGUAAAUAAAAGUUUCGGUGAAUUGA